CUCGCCGGGCUGCGCUCGUGCUCCCGCAGCCCGCCAGCCUCACGCUCGGCUCCUGCGGCCGAAAGCGGCAGAAAGUCCUGCUGGUGGGCGGCCGCGGGGCUGAGCGCGUCCGGCAUCCCGGGGCCGCUCCGGCCCUGGCGGCGAAGGUGCCCGGCGGUCCAUGCAUCCGCCGCCGCUCGCCGCCGCGAUGGAUUUCAGUCAGAACAGCCUGUUCGGUUACAUGGAGGACCUGCAGGAGCUCACCAUCAUCGAGAGGCCGGUCCGCCGGAGCCUCAAGACACCAGAAGAAAUAGAAAGAUUGACAGUUGAUGAAGACCUCAGUGAUAUUGAAAGGGCUGUUUAUCUGCUCAGUGCUGGUCAAGAUAUCCAAGGAACAAGUGUGAUUGCAAAUCUCCCAUUUUUGAUGCGACAGAAUCCCACUGAGACACUGCGGAGAGUCCUGCCAAAAGUCAGAGAAGCCCUUCAUGUUGCAGGAGUGGAAAUGCAGUUAACAGCUGCAGUGUCAUUUCUGACCAUUCUGCAGGAUGAGUCAGUGUCAAUUCAUGCAUAUACCCACUCGUUCCUCCAAGUCAUUCUCCUGCAUCUGGAGCACAGGGACACAGGUGUCAGCAAUGCAUGGCUGGAAACGCUUCUGUCUGUUAUAGAAGUAUUGCCAAAAGAAACCCUACGGCAUGAGAUUUUGAAUCCACUUGUUUCCAAGGCACAACUUUCUCAAACAGUCCAGUCUCGUUUAGUUAGUUGUAAAAUUUUAGGAAAAUUGACCAACAAAUUUGAUGCCCACACCAUUAAACGAGAAAUACUUCCUCUGGUAAAAUCACUCUGUCAAGAUGUAGAAUAUGAAGUUCGAUCUUGUAUGUGUCGGCAAUUAGAAAAUAUAGCUCAGGGCAUUGGGACAGAACUUACAAAAAGCGUGGUGCUCCCUGAAUUAAUAGAACUUUCUAGGGAUGAAGGCAGCAGUGUACGACUUGCAGCUUUUGAAACUUUGGUUAAUCUGCUUGACAUAUUUGAUACAGAUGACAGAAGUCAAACUAUACUUCCAUUAGUGAAAUCAUUUUGUGAAAAAUCUUUCAAAGCAGAUGAAUCAAUUCUUAUUUCUUUAUCUUUCCAUUUAGGAAAACUAUGUCAUGGACUAUAUGGAAUUUUUACUCCAGAUCAGCACUUGAGAUUUUUGGAAUUUUAUAAGAAACUUUGUACAUUGGGUUUGCAACAAGAAAAUGGACACAGUGAGAACCAGAUUCCACCCCAAAUCCUAGAGCAGGAGAAGAAAUAUAUUUCAGUACGGAAGAACUGUGCUUAUAACUUUCCGGCCAUGAUUGUUUUUGUUGAUCCUAAAAACUUCCACUUGGAACUCUAUUCUACAUUCUUCUGCCUUUGUCAUGACCCUGAAGUACCAGUCAGAUACACUAUUGCUAUUUGCUUUUAUGAAGUGUCUAAACUUCUGAAUUCUGGAGUAUAUUUAAUACAUAAAGAACUAAUAACAUUAUUACAAGAUGAAUCACUGGAGGUACUAGAUGCUCUUAUAGAUCAUCUUCCAGAAAUCUUGGAACUUAUGUCUACUGGUGGAGAAAGCAGUGUUCAAGAAAAUAAGUUAUCUUCUUUGCCUGACUUGAUUCCAGCACUCACAGCUGCUGAACAGCGAGCUGCAGCCUCUUUAAAAUGGAGAACUCAUGAAAAGCUACUUCAGAAAUAUGCCUGUCUGCCACAUGUCAUAUCAAGUGAUCAGAUUUAUUAUCGUUUCUUACAAAGAAUGUUCACAAUCAUGAUGACAAAUAAUGUCUUACCUGUCCAAAAGGCAGCCUCACGAACUCUAUGCAUUUUUCUGCGUUAUAAUCGAAAACAAGAACAGAGACAUGAGGUCAUUCAAAAAUUAAUUGAGCAAUUGGGCCAAGGAAAAAGUUAUUGGAAUAGACUUCGAUUUUUGGAUACUUGUGAAUUUAUUAUAGAGAUAUUUUCCAAAUCAUUUUUCUGUAAAUAUUUCUUUCUACCUGCUAUUGAACUGACACAUGAUCCAGUAGCAAAUGUGAGAAUGAAACUUUGCUGCUUGUUGCCCAAAGUUAAAUCUACUCUGAAGAUUCCUGCUGAUAAGCAUCUACUUCAGCAGUUAGAAAUGUGUGUGAGAAAACUCCUGUGUCAAGAAAAAGAUAAAGAUGUUCUGGCUAUUGUAAAAAAAACUGUAUUAGAGUUGGACAGAAUGGAAAUGUCUAUGGAUGCUUUUCAGAAAAAGUUUUAUGAGAAAGAUUUGUUGGAUCAAGAGAAAGAAAGAGAAGAACUACUUCUUUUGGAAAUGGAACAAUUAGAGAAAGAAAAGCAACAGAAUGAUGGAAGGCCCAUGAGUGAUAAAAUGUUUGAAAAGAAACGUAGAGACACUAAGACACCAACACAAAGUCUGCCCAAGAACAUCCCCAUUUCUGUUCCUGGACCUUCUUCUGUCACCCCAUCGACAAGUAAAGAAAUCAAGAAAUCCAAACUGAUUCGAAGCCAGUCUUUUAAUAAUCAAGCUUUUCAUGCAAAAUAUGGCAACUUAGAGAAAUGUGCUAGUAAAAGUUCUACAACAGGAUAUACAGCUUCUGUCUCAGGGUUAGGAAAGACUUCUGUGCUUUCACUAACUGAUGAUUCAUUCCGGACUCGUAAUGCCAGUAGUGUUCCACCUUCCUUUUCUCCUAAUACUACCUUACCGAGUACUUCCCGUGGGACAGGUAACUCACUUGAUCCCAAGAGCAGUGGAAGUAAAGAUACACAACCACGGAAGGCGACCUUAAAAUCCAGAAAAUCCAAUCCUUAAUCAACUGCUUGAUGAAGGAGGCAAAACAAAGGCAGCAGGAGAUAAUGUGAUUGGUGCACAAAAGCUAAAGCAAUGGCUGGGGCUUUGUUUUUAAAUUUUGGGGGUUUUUGUUUGUUGUUGUUAAUGAGCAGAAAGAGAGAGAUAAUGACAGCUGAUGUACUUUCCAUAUUUAUAAUUAGAUUCCCUAGGAGGUAUAAUAUACAUUUUUUGAGUAAUAAUGUGGUUACAGAAUUCCAAUGUUAUAGUGAAGUAUAAUGAAAAACAUAUCUAGUAUGUGCUUUAACCACUGCUGCAAAAGAGACAAGUCUGCAUUUAUUUGUGCAGGAAACCAGCUAUUUAAUUGUUCUAGAGUUUUAGCAUUUAAAAAUUCUAUGAAAGUCUACAUCAGCUGAAAUUGUCCUAGCUUGAUAAUCUCUUGGAAGGGGACUUAGAAGGUAAAAAGAUACUGCAUUUUCUCAUGACUCUCCAAGCCCGCUUGAAAAGUCACACUGAAAGGAUGCAAAUAGCUGUCUCCAAUUUUGGCAGGCCUCCGGAUUGUGGAGACAAUAUGUUGUACCCAGACAUUCCCAAAUUUAAAUUUGGCAAUGAAAAUUCCACAAAGAUUUCUGAUAACUUUGAGCUAUAAAUACCUUAAAAAUAAUAGAUUGAUGAUUUCUUUAUUUCCUAGAGAAUUUAUUUUAUAAAUACUUUGUUUACAUUUUAGAUUGUACUUGUCCUUAUUUAAUUUAAAAUGAUGAAUCUAGUCUGAAUCAGCUGUUAUUCCAAGCUAUCAUGCUUAAGCUAUGUCAACAGCAUUUGUUUGUACUAAUGCUAAUAUUUCCAUCUAAAUUUGCCUGUGGAACAUAUACAGUCUUAAUUUUAAACUGUCAGUUCUUGAGAGAUACUGUAUGAAGCUAUUGUCAGCUUCUCUAUUUCAAAAUCAAGCAUAUAACUAUAUUGAUACUAGAAAAUAUUUGUUUUUUUAAAAUAUAUCAAUGUAUGGUAAAGAUGAUCUAAUUUGUGAAUGCA